GAUUAAGAACACACCCAGUGACAUCAGUGAGGUUUGAAGAAGCAGAAAAAAGUCUCAGCUCAAACUCUGCAGACGAAGACAAGAGGACCGCGAGGUCCUUCCCGGGUUUCUGUGGCUGCUGCGUAUUUUUGUUUCGCUGUUUGGGAAGCUGGACUCAGACCAGGAUCACUUUGAAUAAAUUCUUCAGCUGCACAGAGUUUCUCUAAAAGAGGAUGUCAACUUCAGACGAGACAGACGGGCCGCGGCCGAGAUAUGGCUCUGUCCUGGAUGGCGUGGAGCGGCUCACGGCGGAGGAAAUGGAUGAGCAGCGGCAGCAGAACAUGGCCUAUGAGUAUCUGUGUCACCUGGAGGAAGCCAAAAGAUGGAUGGAGGCUUGCCUGGAUGAGGAGUUGCCCCCAACAACAGAGCUGGAGGAGGGAUUGAGGAAUGGUGUCUAUCUGGCCAAACUGGGCAACUUUUUUGCUCCGCAGACCGUUUCCCUAAAGAAGAUCUACGAUCGCGAGCAGACGCGUUACAAGGCAACAGGUCUUCAUUUCAGACACACAGAUAAUGUCAUCCAGUGGCUCAACGCCAUGUCAGAGAAGGGACUGCCAAAGAUCUUCUACCCAGAAACCACAGACAUAUAUGACAGAAAGAACAUGCCACGAUGCAUCUACUGUAUCCAUGCUCUCAGCCUGUACUUGUUCAAGCUGGGCUUGGCCCCCCAGAUCCAGGAUCUGUAUGGAAAAGUUGAUUUCACCGAGGAGGAGAUCAACAACAUGAAGAGCGAGCUGGAGAAGUAUGGAAUCCAGAUGCCCGCCUUCAGCAAGAUUGGUGGGAUCCUGGCCAAUGAGCUUUCAGUGGAUGAAGCUGCAUUGCACGCUGCUGUGAUCGCCAUCAACGAGGCCAUCGAUCAGGGCGUUCCUGAGGGCACGCUGGGCGCCAUGCAGAACCCCAACGCCAUGCUCGUCAGUCUGGAUCCCAGUUCAGCCCAGCAGUACCACGACGUCCUUUACCGAGCCAAGGGAGAGAAGGUGGCCAGCUCACGCAAACGGCAAAUGGAGAAUGCUGAGGUGGAGAGAGAUAUCUACGACGAGCUCCUCACCCAGGCUGAGAUCCAAGGAAAUGUCAACACGGUCAAUGUGAGCAAAGCCCUGAGUGGAGCUGAUCAGGCUUUGCUGAACGGAGAUGAGGAGAAGUUAUAUGCCUCUAUGAAGGCCGUUGGUGUCCAGAACCUGCAGCCUCCGAACAAAGGCUGGUACCUCAAACAGCUGCAGGGGGACAGGGAGGCUAAGGAGCAGACAUCUCCCGGAGAACCUCUGACUAAAGACGAGCUGCAGAGUGGAGUGGACGUGGGCAAUGCGCUUGCAGAUGGCUACCUGAAGAUGUUGAAGUCGGUGGAGAGCAUCAAUGCUGCCAUCAGAGCAGGCGUGCCGGAGAAGACGGCGGAGGAGCUGAUGAAUCCUGACGCUCAGCUGCCGGAGGUCUACCCGAGCUGUGCAGAUCUCUACCAGAGGGAGCUGGCAUGUCUGCAGCAGCAAAGCCCAGAGGAAUACCUGAGCCACCCCGAGCUGCUCGUUGCUGUAGAGAUGCUGUCCUCGGUGGUGCUGAUGAACCAGGCGAUGGACGUUGGGGACCGAGGCGCCCUCUGGAAGCAGCUGUCCAGCUCUGUCACUGGACUCAGUAACGUGGAAAAUGAGUAUGCUCAGAGGUAUUUGGAUGAGCUGAUGCAUCUUAAAGCGGCAGCCAGAGAGGAGGGAAACGACUAUCUGACCUGGAACGACAUUCAGGCCUGCAUCGACCAAGUCAACCUGGCUGUGCAGGAGGAGCAUGAGCGAAUUGCAGCUAUUGGACUGAUCAACGAGGCUCUGGAUGAGGGAGAUCCCUUGAAGACCUUGGAAAUGCUGCAGAACCCGUCCGCCAAGCUCACAGAUGUGGCCCCGUCUGUGGCUCAGCACUACCAUGAUAUACUGCUGGAGGCCCGCAGAGAGAAGGCCCACGAGACUCAGGACUCUUCAGCUGUUCUGUGGCUGGAUGAGAUCCAGGAUGCUAUUCUGAGGGCAAACCAGGACACACGCGACGCCUUACAGUUCUCCCAGUCCAUCCAGGCCAUUAAUGAAGCAGUUGACGGCAGUGAUGCAGCUCAGACUCUGGUUGCUCUCCGUAAUCCUGGAGCAGGAUUGUAUGGCGUCACCUCAGAGUGUGCACAAACCUAUCAGGACGACCUGGCCACCAUUAAAGAGGAGAAGAAGAAGGAAGGUGAUGAUAGCAGUGAGUGGGUGCAGCACUGGGUGAAGGGAGGACACAACUACUACUACAACCUGCAGACCAAAGAGGGAACGUGGGUAGCGCCAGAGAACUUUGUGCAAAACAACACCCAGCUCAAUAAGGAGGACAUCCAGGGGGUGGUUUCUGGGGUAACCACAGCCUACAACCGAGAGCAGCUCUGGCUGGCCAAUGAGACUCUGAUCACAAAGCUUCAGGCUCGCUGCCGUGGUUAUAUGGUGAGGAAUGGCUUAAAGGAGCGGAUGAACUUCCUGAAAUCCCAGGACCCGGCUGUUACACGGAUACAGGCCCACUGGAAGGGAUACAAACAGAGGAAGGAGUUUAAUGAGCGUAAGCAGUAUCUGGAAGAUCAUUCUGAAGAGGCUGUUAAGAUCCAGUCCCUGGUCCGUAUGCAUCAAGCUCGUAAGAAGUACAAGGAUCGGCUCCAGUACUUCCACGACCACAUCGGUGAAGUGGUGAAGAUUCAGGCCUUCAUUCGAGCCAACAAAGCGAGGGAUGACUACAAGACUCUGAUCAGCGCCGAAGACCCGCCAAUGGCCGUGGUGAGGAAGUUCGUCCACCUUCUGGACCACAGCGACCAGGACUUCCAGGAGGAGUUGGAGCUGAUGCGGCUCCGUGAGGAGGUGGUCACAAACAUCCGCUCCAACCAGCAGCUGGAGAACGACCUGAACCUGAUGGACAUCAAAAUCGGCCUGCUGGUGAAGAACAAGAUUACCCUGCAGGAGGUGGUGUCCCACAGCAAAAAGCUGACCAAGAAGAACAAGAGCCAGCUAUCAGACAUGAUGAUGAUGAACAAGCAGAGGGGAGGCCUGAAGGCCCUCAGCAAGGAGAAGAGGGUCAAACUGGAGGCCUACCAGCACCUCUUUUACCUUUUACAGACCAACCCAGUAUAUCUUGCCAAGCUGAUCUUCCAGAUGCCACAGAAUAAAUCCACAAAGUUCAUGGAUUCUGUGAUCUUCACCCUGUAUAACUACGCAUCAAACCAGCGAGAGGAGUACCUGCUACUCAGACUCUUCAAGACGGCUCUGCAGGAGGAGAUCAAGUCAAAAGUCGAUCAGAUGAAGGAGAUCGUCACAGGAAACCCCACGGUAAUCAAGAUGGUGGUGAGCUUCCACCGCGGUGCACGAGGACAGAACGCUCUGAGGCAGAUCCUGGCUCCGGUCGUCAAGGAGAUCAUGGACGACAAAACGCUAAACAUCAAGACCGACCCGGUGGACAUCUACAAGAGCUGGGUGAACCAGAUGGAGACGCAGACCGGAGAGGCUAGCAAGCUGCCCUAUGACGUAACUCCAGAACAAGCUAUGGCCCAUGAGGAGGUGCGAACGAGGCUGGAGGCCUCCAUCAAAACCAUGAAGACCAUCACAGAUAAAUUCCUGUCUGCCAUCAUUGUCUCGGUGGAUACGAUCCCAUAUGGAAUGCGGUUCAUCUCCAAGGUGCUGAAGGACACGCUGCAUGAGAAGUUCCCAGAUUCUACGGAGGACGAGCUGCUCAAGAUCGUGGGGAACCUUUUGUAUUACCGCUACAUGAACCCUGCCAUCGUUGCACCCGAUGCCUUUGACAUCAUUGAGAUGUCCGCUGGUGGUCAGCUAACAACCGAGCAGCGACGAAACCUGGGCUCCGUGGCCAAGAUGCUGCAGCACGCUGCGUCCAAUAAGAUGUUCCUGGGAGACAACGCCCACCUAAAUCCCAUCAAUGAAUAUCUCGGUGCCUCCUACCAGAAGUUCAGGCGUUACUUCCUGACUGCGUGUGACGUUCCCUCGCUUGAAGACAAGUUCAACGUGGAUCAGUACUCGGAUCUGGUCACAGUCAGCAAACCUGUGAUCUACAUCUCCAUCGGAGAGAUCAUAAACACUCACACUCUGCUGCUGGACCACCAGGAUGCCAUCGCUCCAGAACACAAUGAUGCGAUCCAUGAGCUGCUGGAGGACCUGGGAGAAGUUCCCACUGUGGAGUCUCUCAUUGGUGAAAAUCCUCUUCCUCCUGAUGACCCCAAUAAGGAGCUGAUGGGAAAGACGGAGGUUUCUCUCACUCUCACCAAUAAGUUUGAUGUUCCUGGUGAGGCCAACGUUGAGAUGGACGCCAAGACCCUCCUGCUCAACACCAAGAGGCUCAUCGUGGAUGUGAUCCGGUUUCAGCCCGGAGAGACUCUGACGGAGAUCCUGGAUUCGACGGCCACCACAGAACAGGAAGCGGAGUAUCAGCGUGCCAUGCAGAGGAGGGCGAUCCGAGACGCCAAGACUCCAGAGAAGAUGAAGCAGGUCAAACCGGUGGUGGACGACAGCCUGACUCUGCAGGGAAAAAAGGACAAGAUCAAGAGCAACCUGCAGAGGCUGGCAGAGCUGGGGAAGGUUCAUCCUGAGAACCGCUACCAGGACCUCAUCAACGACAUCGCCAAGGACAUCAGGAAUCAGAGGCGAUAUCGGCAGCGAAGGAAAGCCGAGCUUGUGAAACUUCAGCAGACAAACUCAGCUCUGAAUUCAAAAACCAGUUUUUACAACAUGCAGAUUGAUUCUUACAACCAGUACAUCAAGACGUGCAUGGACAACCUGGCCAGCAAGGGCAAGUUGUCAAAGAAACCAGGCGACAGCAAGGCCAAGAAGAGUAAACAAGUUUCACAGAAAUACACAGCGGCUCGGCUCCAUGAGAAGGGUGUACUGAUCUCAAUAGACGAUCUGCAGCCUAACCAGUACAAGAAUGUUAUAUUUGAGAUCUCUCCAUCAGAGACUGUUGGAGUGUUCGAUGUUAAGGCCAAGCUCAUGGGUGUGCACUUGGAGACGUUACAGUUAGAAUAUCAAGACCUCCUCCAGCUGCAGUACGAAGGCGUGGCUGUGAUGAAGCUCUUCGAUAGAGCCACUGUCAAUGUCAACUUGCUUAUUUUUCUUCUCAACAAGAAAUUUUAUGGGAAAUAGUAAUAAAAAGAGAGGAGCAGAGGACUACAGACACUGAAUUUAGACCACAAAACCCGCCUGUUGGAGGGUUGCUUCAAAGCUCCGGCUUACCUGUCCUCUACAUUCCUUGCUGCACUUCUCCAUUCUGUCUAUGCAAAAUCAUGUGCAUUAAUUUUUUUUACCUUGUGGAAACCAUAUGAGCUUUAUUGUUAAUGGUGCACUCCACUGUGCAAGUUUUUUCCUACUGUCUGUAACUGCAUCUAUGUCCAAGAUUUGUAUUUUUUUGUCCUAAAUAUUAUGAAUAUCUUGUGCAUGGGCUUAGAAUAAUUAUAAAAAAAUCAUUUGUGUAAAGACAUUGAGUUUUCUUUUGUAGCUGUUAGUAAAUCAUCUCAUUUGACUAAUAAAGGCCUGAUGAGCAUGUUAUUCAUCA